AUGCACAAAGAACAGUGCGAAAGUCAGCGGGAGGUUGAAGCCGAUGAGGCUGCUCCCUUGUCAACCUCCCCAUCGUUCACCCUCGAGCAACUGAAAGAAGAUCUCCUCCCACAUAGUCGGCACGAUGUCUCAGCAAUUCGCGGUCUUCCUGAGACCACAACCACUCGACAACGAGCUUCGAUCUCAGCGCAAUCUCUCGAUCAGGACGAAUACCUUCCAGGGAAGCUUUCGUCCGCGCACAAUUAUGGCGAUGACAGCGCCCUGUCCGAUCAAAAGACCGCCCUAUACCUAGCCUACGGAUCUAAUCUCGCCUCCGAGACCUUCCUGGGGAUGCGUGGCAUCAAACCCCUUUCCCAGCUCAACGUCGUCGUGCCAGAGCUUCGAUUAACAUUUGACCUCCCGGGUGUUCCUUACAUAGAACCUUGCUUCGCAGGGACACACUUCCGGCGCAGCCCAUCGGAGGAUGAGAUCAGCGACCUCCCAGACGCAUCAGAAAAACACACUCUCCUACAAGGCCAAGACCGUGAUCAGGACCGUUACAAAGGCCCUCUUAUCGGCGUCGUCUACGAAGUCACCCUAACCGACUACGCAAAAAUCAUAGCCACAGAGGGAGGCGGUAGCGGCUACAAAGACAUCAUAAUAACAUGCUACCCGUUCCCCAAGACUUAUGACCCGGCCGACCCAAUCCCCGAGUGCCCAGACACACAACCCGUGAAAGCACAUACCCUACUUUCUCCAGUCGCAAUGAAAGAGACGAUGCAAUUUCAGAUAAACUCGAUCACCAGCGCCUCACUGGAAUCGCGCCGCGCGCAACCAUCCGCGCGCUAUCUCAAGCUCAUCACCACCGGUGCAGCAGAGCACAACCUCCCUUCAGCGUAUCGGGAGUACCUAGCUCAAGUUCAACCAUACCACAUCACCUCGGUGCGACAAAGGAUAGGUUUGGUUGUUUUUGUGUUUACGUGGGCUCCCCUCCUGCUUUUGACGCUAAAGCUGUCGAGGAUAUUCGCCCGUCCCGAUGGCCGCAGCCCUGCAUGGGUUAGCCGAUUUAGAGAUUUCGUGACAACCGGGAUGUGGAGCAGUUAUGAUAAUACAUUUGUGCAUAUAUUUGGUGAUGGUGAGAAUACUGUUGAGCGGUGA